AUGGCCAGCUACGAGCUCGCUCUGAAGCUGCAGCGGAGGCUGAGGCUGGAGCAGGAGGCCGAGGCUGCCCCGAUCCCGCAGCACAACGGCUUCGACGGGGUGCCCGCACCGGCCUGGCCCUGCGGCUCCCCGAGCCCGGGAGACGAGCCGCCCGCCAAGGAGCUCACGGCCAACGCGGGCUCCGAGCUCAAGGAGCAGCUGAACCGGCGUCAGGACAUCCACGAGGGAACGGCGCGGCCCCGGCCCAUCAAGGUCUUCAAGCCCUACACCGAGUUUCGCGAGUUCAGCCGCCGCCAGAUCAAGGACAUGGAGAGCCUCUUCCGACGGUCCCGGCACCCCCUCUGCAGACCCCCCAGUGCCCUCCUGCCUUCCCGCCACCUCCGCCCCUAG